AUGGACAGCAUCAGGGUCCGAGCACUCUUCUACCUGGGAGUCUGUCUGUCUGUCUUCAGUGUUGUUUGCCUGGGGCAGAUGUCAGAUGACAACAGACUCUCUUCACAAGAGGAACAAUUUCCACUGGGAUAUGUCACCAGAGAUUUGGCUGAUGCGCUCGAGAGGCUUCUGGAAGGCGUACAGCAAGACAACAGGAUAGGUCUAUCAGUGGAGAAAAAAGCAAGUCUCAUUCCACGGUGUGAUGUUGGAGAGCGGUGCGCUAUGAAGCAUGGGCCGCGCAUUGGAAGGCUUUGUGACUGUCUGCGAGGCACCGCGUGCAACACAUUUUUCCUGCGUUGUUACUGA